AUGGCAUCCAAUGGAAGUACCAAGAGCGGCGCAGCCGCACGGGGCGCUUCCAACUCUGGUUUCCGAGGCGCUCAUGAUCAUCAUGCUGGAGGCCGUGGCGGCACAACCACUGCCAAUCGAGCUGGAGCAGGUGGGCUCCCGCACACCUCGAGGUGGGGGAACGGCCCUCCUUCCACCAUCAACCCACCUGCAAAUAACGCUGCAUCUCAGCAAAACAGCUCCAAGGCUUCCAGCCAGCGCGCUCCUGCAGCCAGCCCCGCCAACAAGCCUAUCGCCAACUCGACGCAAGCCUUCCCGUCUCUGGGCACAACCACCGCUCAGAAUGACAUGCAGAAGCUCAUGCACGACCGCAUGGUGUUCUUGCUCGUCACACUCGUCGGUAACCCUGUCACCGUCACCGUCAAAGGCGGCUCCAGCUUCUUUGGUAUUUUUUCGGCUGCCAACACCGAAGGUGGAGAACUGUCUGUAGCUCUCGCCUCGGCACAGCAGCUUCUACCCGCCAAAGACAAGGAUUCUCAACCACAGCUUGGCGAGUUCAAGGCUUCGCUGAUCAUUAACUACAAGGAUCUCGAAACCAUCCAAGCCGCCGAGGUGCGGAUGCAGGAGCAAGCAAAGGAGAUGCGCGAAGCACGUGAGAAGGAAGCAUUUCGCACCGACACAGAGAUCUCCCAAGCCUUUGACCCCCUCGGUAGCGGUCGAACCCUCCAGAAAUGGUCUGACGAUCCCGACCUUGCCGACAUCGACUCUCGUGGUAGCAAACUGCCCGCCUGGGCAUCUCCUAAUGACUCCAGAGGCGGUCUGGAAGACUCGUCCAACUCCACCGCUGGCAAGCCUUGGGAUCAGUUUGCCGCCAACGAGGCACGUUUUGGCAUAAAGUCCGACUACGAAGAGAAUCUUUACACCACUAAGCUCGACCGCAGCGGCAAGGAUUUCCGCAGUCGGGAGCGAGAAGCCGAUCGCAUCGCUCGCGAGAUCAUGGGCCAGGCCACCAAUAAUCCGCACCUGGCCGAGGAGAGAGGUCAGGCUGACGAUUCUGGUGUCAACGAAGAGGACAAGUACGGCGCUGUUGUACGCAGCCCUAACGCCUAUGUGCCUCCGGCGCUUCGCAAACAGAUGGCUGCCGCGGCUUCUGCUCCCAACACCGGCAACAAGGGUGCAUCAGCUGCACAGGCUGCGACUCCAAAUGCAUCUCGACCGAACGGCGCUGUUCCUCCCAGUGCUCCCCACACUCCUGACACCACCGCCGCUGUUACCACUGCAUCUACGCAGACGACGACGACUGCUGCACCACCUCCUGUUGACCCUCCCAUCGUCAACGUCAAGGUGCCUAGCCCAAGCAUCCCGCAGGAAGCCAACUCCAGCGACGCCUCGGGCCAAAAGUCUUCCAUCGACGCGUCCAAUCCGCUCAUGGGCGACUUCCGCUCCUUUGUCAGUUCGGAGCGCGAGCGUCUCGAAAAGAAAAAGGCAGCACUCGCCAAGAAGGAGAAAGACACGCGCCUCGCCGAUCUCAAGUCAUGGGCCAUCACGUUCAAGCUCAAUACGCCCAUGCCCUCGGAUGUCGCCGGCAUGGUUCAGAAAGACAAGGCCGACGGCGCUUCCGACAAGCCUCGCGACCCGAGCCUCCAAAAGAGCCUUAGCCCCACUCUUUCGCAUUCGGCAGCGACACCCGAGCUGAAAGGAGAUGCUAGCAGAUCUUCCGCCGCAUUCCGCACCGCACAGGUGUCCUCGUCCAGUGCCGUCAGCCCUGCGGGUGGCUCGGGGUCUGCGACUGUCAACCGGGAUGCUCAGAAGCUCGCCGAGAGCAAGGCUAUGUUGCAAAAGAUGACCAUCCCCAAGAUUCCACCUUUCAACCCAGACAAGUUCAAGGCACGUCAAGCCGCCACUGCAGUUGGCACAAGCGGUGGCGCUGGGGGCGCGAACGAAGCAAGUGGAGGCGCGACUGCAGACAAGGCAGAAAGCGGUAUGCCUUCUUCGGUCAGCACGUCGUCGUUUAAGCUGAGUGCAAAGGCGAGCUCCUUCAAGCCUUUCAACCCGAACGCGGCCAGCUUUACACCUGGAGGCGCAUCAAGCACGUUUGUGCCUGCCGCUGUGCCUGCGGCUGCUGCCGUGGCUAGCAGCCCUGCACACACUGGUGCCACUCCGUCUCAGUCAGCUCGACCGUCGCUGACUUCGACUUCGACUGCACAGGCAGCCUCGACUUCGGCAACAUUGGCCGCCAAUCCAUUCUUUGGCAACCGUGUCAUCAAGAAGUCUACAGGUACUUUGUCGAUUCGCGAAGACUUUAAUCCUUUCAAGGUAACAAAGGUGCCUGAUGCCAAAUCCGUGGGUCCUAUGUGGGCGUUCAGCGGUAAGCCUUACCGGCAGCACUUUGUGGUUCCCGCUGCGGGCGUUGCGGUGGAUGACGGUACCGGAUUGUUUGUCGCUACGCAUGGCGGAAUGAUGCAGCCUGGCGUGCAUGCUGGCGCGCAGGCGCUUCAGCCAGUGGCUCAGCCGAUGCAUCCCGGGCAGAUGCCAAUUUCAGCGGCGCAGGGAGGACCGAUGGGUAAUGGAGGCGCAGGCGCGGGACCUGGUGGGCCCGGUGCACAGCAGCAAGCGUUCGGGAUGGUGUACCAGCCGUAUGGCGGCGGACCUUACCAAUAUCCGGGCGGCCAACCACAAGCGCAAGCGAUGGUGCAAGGUCGGCAGCCCGGGAUGGUGCCACCGAUGCAGAUGGCUCCUGGCAUGCAGGGUGCUCCGAUGGCAUAUGGCGUGCCACAGCAGUUCAUGGGUCAGAUGCCCUUCUCGGCGCCUAUGCAUGCACCGACGCCGGCGAAUCCACAAAGCAUCUACAGUCCGCAGAUGGCCAACGUGGCUCCGUCGGCGCAACAGCAAUUCAUGCCAAUGCCACCACCGGGCGCAGCUGGUGCACCUCGUCCUCCACCUCCCCCACCGCACCUUCAUCAAAAAUCGCAGCCUCCACCGCAUCAGCCUGGUCAGCCACAUCACAUGGCGUACUAUCCGGCUCAGCCACCUGCUGGACUGCCAUAUGGCUCUGCUCCUCACUUUGGCGCUCAACCACCGCAGCCGGCCGCAGCCGCCCCACCUCCAAGACUCGGUCCACCGCCUCCCGAAACUGCACCUGGCUCGAGCGCUGCUUCCUCGACAGCUUGA